AUGGACACCGACGAGGAGACACCGUUGGACGAAAAAGCAAGGAGAACGAGAGAUCUGCUAGCCAGUUUCUACUCUCCAAUCCCUUCAGAAUCCUCCAAUAACCCUUUUUCCAAACACAUCUCACCCGAUGACAUCAAUUCCUCUUCCUUCCAACCUGAUCAGUACAUGAAAAUCCUGGCGCGAAAGUCGAAUUUGGAAGGUCUACUUCAGAAGCACGUUGAAAUGGUAGCUGAAAUAAAGAAUCUAGACACUGACUUGCAAAUGCUCGUCUACGAGAAUUAUAAUAAGUUUAUCUGCGCUACAGAUACUAUAAAGAGGAUGAAGAGUAAUAUUUUGGGGAUGGAGGAAAAUAUGGAACAGCUUCUUGAGAAGAUAAUGUCAGUACAGUCAAGGAGUGACAGUGUUAACACUUCUCUAUGCGAAAAUAGGGAGCAUAUAGAAAAAAUGCAUCGGACAUGCAAUCUUCUUCGUAAAGUUCAGUUCAUAUAUGAUCUACCUGAUAGACUAGGCAAGUGCAUCAAGUCUGAGGCCUAUGCAGAUGCAGUCAGGUUCUACACCGGUGCAAUGCCAAUUUUUAAGGCAUAUGGAGAUUCAUCAUUCCAAGAUUGUAAGCGAGCAUCUGAAGAAGCAAUUGCUAUCAUAGUAAAAAAUUUGCAGGGAAAAGUAUGUUCAGAUUCUGAAUCAAUGCAAACGAGAGCCGAGGCUGCAGUUCUCUUGAAGCAGUUGAAUUUUCCGGUGGACUAUUUGAAGACAAAGCUACUUGAGAAGUUGGAGCUUUCGCUUACAGACGUCCAGUUUAUCCCUGCAGUAAUGAAGAAUGAUUCUCCCUCUACUCACGAGGAAGCAAUUCACGAGUUUGUGGAGGCCAUUCGUGCAUUUCGAGUGAUAUUUCCAGAUUCAGAAAAGCAAUUAGCUAAACUUGCUCAAGAUCUAAUCACCAAGCACUUUUUAAUGAUAGAAGGGUAUGUACAUACACGGAUUUCUUCGGAAGAUCUACUUGGUGUUCUUCGAGUUAUCUGGAAUGAUGUUCUCCGAAUGGAUGAAGUCUUAGAGGAAGCAUCUCUAUCUGAUCAUUCUCUUGAGGGUACCAAGGAUGCUGUCAAGCUGUAUAUUAUAAGUGCAUUUUCUCAUCUAACGCAUGAUAUCUCAGAUCACCUCUUAAAAGUGCUGAAGCGGGGUGGAGCAGAGGAUUACUCUCUGGAAGUUGCCCUAGAUGCUAGCAUAAAAGCAGUUUCCGACGGAGGCAGGAAAGUUUUGCUGGAUAUGCACAAGAUUCUAGAUGACAACCUAGAGAUUAUAGAUAAACUUAGAGAGUUAAUAAUUGAUUGGGUUCAACAAGGAUAUCAAGACUUUUUUAGGGACCUCGAGGAAUUAGCAGCUUCCGUUUCCCGUGAAAGUGUUCGAGGUUAUGAAUAUGAACUGUCCUUUGUUCCUGGAGUAAUCUCUCAAAAAUUUAGGGCAGCUGGUGAAAAAUUCUUGCAGCUGCACAAGGAACCAAGAGAAGUUCAUAUGUUUGUUGAUUUAUUUCUACAAGAGCUCAAAAUUACGAAUAAUGAAGUGAAGCAGAUUUUGCCUCAAGAUUUGACGAAGCACCGAAGAGCUGAUAGUAAUGGAAGUUCUGCUUCAUCAAGAAGCAACUCUUUCCGGGAGGAGAAGGAGAAGUUGAGUCGCUCUAAUAUUCAGAAGGGAAGGAGCCAACAGCUUUUGGAAACACACCUAGCGAAGCUGUUUAAGCAAAAGGUUGAAAUUUUCACAAAAGUAGAAUAUACACAGGAAUCAGUCCUUAUGAACAUUGUUAAAUUGUGCCUUAAAAGUAUACAAGAAUAUGUUCGGGUCCAGACUUUUAACCGGAGUGGAUUCCAGCAAAUUCAAUUGGAUAUUCAGUUCUUGAGGACUCCAUUGAAAGAAGUAGUUGAAGAUGAGGCUGUAAUGGACUUCUUGCUUGAUGAGAUUCUCCCUUCGAUCGAUUUUCCACCUUCGUUAUUUUGUGAACAGGUGAUUGUUGCCGCAGUAGAGCGAUGCCUUGAUCCGAUUCCAUUGGAGCUCCCCAUAUUGGACAGACUUAUACAAGCAAAGCUGGCACAAACAUAA